GCUAAAUUCCCCACUGACAGAGUUCUGCAGAUCUAUGAUUAUACGAUUUGGAAAGAAUAACACUGUUUUGUAAAAAGAUACAGGGAGGAAUCAUUUGACUUAUUUCCAUUUUGAAAAUGGAACUUAAUAGAUUAAUAAGGGACUUAUGAUCACCAUUUGUCAGCUGUGACUCUAUAUUGAAUAAUUAAAAUGAUACAAUGACAGAGUAAUUGCAUAUCAAUAAACCCCUGACUGUCAUACUAGUUAUACCUUACCUAAGUGUUGGUUUGACAAUUUAAAUGGGAGCAGUUCUACACAUUUAUAGCAGACAAUUGUGCACAACCCUUUCUACGGAGGUUGUAUUUACUUUAUUUCUAUGAAUUUUAAGAGACAUGCCCCAAGACAUAGGAAAGGAGCCAUAAUUCUCUGUGACUUGAGAAAAAGUGUUACCUUACUUAUGAAAUUAAAACACCUGGGCAAUUAAAAUACAGUAAAUAAAAUACAAUUAAAAUACAACCACCUUCAGCCUAAGGUGGUUGAGGCUGAUUAGUUUUACAGCUCCAGCUAGCAACUGUAAACAGCAUAUUUGUAAGAAUGGUUGAUAGAAGUUUUGUGGAUUGUUCUCUUUUUUUAACUAAGGAGUGCAGUGAUUGUGGCAUGAUUUUCUGUGAAGUUGGUGUUUCUGUUCCUCACCUACCCAUCCACCCAAACACACACACACAACAUGAAACGAGACAGGUUAACUGCUACCAUGCCCAAUAGUCCCUUGUACUCAUAAACACAGACUAGAUUGAGGACAAUUUAGUAUACUGUAUUAUGUUUUAUGUUUUCCUAGGUAUAAGAAAAUCUGCCCACUACUGGAAAAUUCUGCAUUUUUAAAGCUUGUUGAGGCGGAUUACAUAACUGCACAGAGAGAGCAGCUGCAAGAGUAGAUGAUACAGAUUAGAGAUUAUGUUGAUUCAGCAGAUUGUCGUGUGGAUGUUUGAGAAAGAUUACAGCAUAGAAGUAAAGACUACCCAUUUCUACAGGAAUGCAGCUGUUUUUCAGGAUGGAAUUUAAUCUGUUAUGCGUACAGACAGGACUGUCCAUGGUGCUCAUCCACUGCUUUCGGCCUUCAGAAAAACCUUUUUUGGUCUAAGAGUGAACUGGACAAGCACAUCUCUAUCCACAUGCCAGUGAUUGUGUGCAGUGACAUUGUAAAAAUCACUUUUUCUGCUAAUAUAACCACAUUAUUCUAUUGCAAGAAAAUGAACUGAGCAAAGUUGAGAUAAUCCUCAACAUGAUUUCUGGAUCCAGCAAACAAAGAAGGAAAAUUCUGAGGCAUGUGACUUUAUCACAGGAAUCAGGGUCCGUAAAGCAGCAGUAAGAAAGUAGAACCAUCUUUCAAAAAACCAUCAUUUUCUGAUUGUAUUUAUACAGGCAGUUUUUGAAGAUAGCCUGUGACCAAGAAUUACAAAUUGCGGUCAGAAUAAUAUGCGAACAGAUCAUGAAGAGCUCUGUGGCAGGAGUUACGGAUCUUUCUGUCUAAAUGGUGGGAUUUGUUAUAUGAUACCUACUGUUUCCAGUCCUUUUUGCAGGUGUGUUGAGAACUACACAGGAGCUCGUUGUGGGGAAAUUUUGCUCCCAAGCAUCAAAAACCACGCAAGAGGCGAACUGUUUGCAGCCGUUUUGGCUUCUGUGGUCGUUCUGAGUGUCUUGGUAGCUGGAGCAUUCUUCUUUCUCUGCAGAAGAGGCCACAGUCCACGGACCAGUUCGGUAGAGCGCGGGGACGGUCUGAUUGAGAGAAAUGGCAGUGACCCCUGUGACAAUAACGGAAUAGAUAUCUAAAGCAAGAAGAGAUGGAACAGCAACAAUCAAAGCACCCGUAGAAAAGCUUACACCAUGUUGGAAGAUAUGGUAAGAAGACCGAAAAGAGAAGAGGUCCAAGACAAAUAAAUAGCUGUAGGCUGACAGGCGAAGAGGUCUCUCUCUCUACAGAGCUUAGCAGGAUACACUUAUAUUAACAGGACACACCUCUAUUGCCAAUUGCAUCAAAGGAAGAGACAAUCUGUACAAAAAUGUCUUACUGGUUGCAUUUCCCCCAGCUGUUUCUAAAAUGAUUUCCCAAUCUAUUUCUAUUUAAUUAUCUCAUAUGGCAAAUAUUGUUUGAAUAACUGGUAAGUAAAAUGAGGUAACAGCAUUCUACCAUGGGUUACUGGAAAUCCCUAAAGUUAUGAGGAUGCCUACUUAUUAAGCUUUGAAUUUGUGCUUGUCCUUUGUUUUUUAAAUGUACAGUAGCAUGAAAAAUGAGUGAAGCAUAGAAUAUGACAGGAACAUAUUUAGGCAGAGUAAUUACCUUGUCUUUGGUAUGCUUUCCUAGUAUCGGGCAAAGACUUUGUUCCGAUUCGGUUUCCCCUGUUCUGCCAAGAUUUUCUUCUGUGGAGAAUCUUACUGUGGAACAUUUAAGCAUUACCUUAAGUCUCAGAGUGCAGAGCCAGAAAGAUUCCAUUUCUACUACCCCAUCGUCAAAACAACAUGUUUUCCGUCUGCUUCCACAAUAUUUAGAGAAAAGCAGGGGUGGCUCACAUUUUUUAUACAAAAAUGUACCAUGCACGCGAUUAGGUUUUACUCAUGCUUGUACAAAGGGUUUUUCAGCCGAUACAAGGGAGAGGGGAAGGGCAUGGCUGAGCAACGUCUCUGACCAGGUGAGAUUUAAGAAAAGCAGUAAGAUGAUUAAAAACAUGGAGUUUUUGAAGAGAUUUUUAGUACUUCUGAGUAGAGAAAUUUUUAUUUAUUUAUGUCAUAACCAAAGUAGGAGGAGGUUUGUUGUCACAAUAUCUGAGCAGAUUUGCAAACUAGCUUUAAAAGGCAGUAUCAUUUAUAUCGCUGCUGGAAUUAAUAAGGUCAAAAGUAGAGAACAGAUGUGGCACUACUUAGAUUUAAGUCCAAUGGUUGCAUUUCAUGAUGGACUGGUGAAAGAUAAAGUCUUCAAAAUGUA